UCCUUGGUAAGUCAAUUUCAAGCAAAAAUUAAAAUGGGAAAAACGAGAGGAGUACAUGAAACAACACCAGAAUUAAGAAAUCGUAUGGUAGGAAUGUACGAAGCCGGUUUGGGUCUGAGAGAAAUUGCGGCAGCUGUAAAUUGUUCGCAACGCACAGUGAAAAGGUGGUUAAAUAGAUUUGAUAAGGAAGGUACAGUAGAAACGCGUGAACGUUGUGGACGUAAAAGAGCCACAACAGCAGAACAAGAUGAAGCAAUUGUACGUCUAGCCACGCAAACACCAAUAACAGCUGCAAAAGCUGUUCUUCCCGCUUUAGGAUUAACUUGUUCUGUAGAUACUAUACGUGAAAGAUUACACAAAGCUGGAAUUCACAACUGGAGUCCUUCGCGUAAAUACAUGCAAAGGAUUCCACUUGGUGAUGCAGAUGGUACUGCUAUUCAACAACCUGUGUGGAGACCCACUGGAACGCAGUUAGGAAAAAAGAAGUUUUCCAAAGAUUCUAAUAAAAAUGACAAAAACAGCAGUACAGCCAAAAAGAAAAUUCCUCCGCGUAAAAUUAGAGCUAGAGAUAUAUAUGUUGGAGAUGGUGCACCAUUAAAAAAUGUAAAGCCAUCUAAUCAACAAGAAUUCAUAUAUCCCCAGCAAAAUGCUCAGCAAUCUCAGGCCAGUGAAAUUCAAGCGACACCCCAACAACCUUUAUCACAGAGUCAAACGGAAUUUGGUAAUGCAUUGAGUUUAGCUCAACAAACGCAACCCAUUUAUCAACAUCCUGGUUUAAAUAUUUCACAAAAUUGGCCGUUAGAUUUAGUGCAAGGAAGUCACCACUAUCCACAGGGCCAAACGAAUCCAAUACCUCACGAAUCUUCUUCGCAACACGACUUGCACGCUCCACAAGACCAACAACAUCACGUGCAACAAGUUCAACAAGUACAACAAAUAAUUACAAAUCAAACCCACGAUCUUGAUCAACAGCAAAGGCACGCUCAAGUAGACGUUCAACAACAUCAUCAUGAACAUUUACAUUCUCAACUAACUAGUCCACAAAUCAGCACGAAUUUAGCUUCCGAUAAUUCUAAUUCCUGUAGUUCUCAAGAUAAUAAUCAGUCUUCUAGCAGCGAAUCAAAACAGGACGUAGAUACAUCGAAAGAAAGCGGGGAGAAAAGUGAACGGCAGAAAAGGAAAAAGAAAGGUGGGAAAGCAAAAGGAACAUUGGAAACAAGCGUUGAAAUUCGAAAUCGUAUGAUCGGAAUGUCCGAGGCGGGUUUAUCCACGUUGUCUAUCGCGCUUGCAAUCGACAGAUCGGAACGUACUGUUAAAAGAUGGUUAGAACGUUGGCAUAAAGAAGGCAACGUGCAAACCAAGGAAAGAAAAGGUCGUCGACGAAUUACAACUAAAGAACAAGACGAGGCGAUUGUCGCUCUGGCUACUCAACAACCGUUAACCGCAGCUAAACAUGUUGCUCCUGCUCUUGGAUUAAAAUGUAGCGUAGACACGAUCAGGGAAAGACUUCAUAAAGCUGGUAUACAUAGUUGGAAGCUUGGGAAAAAACAGGGAGAAGGAAACGCUGUACAUACUGUACACCUUUGGCAACCUAGUGGGAAUCGACCCAAUAAACCGAAAAUACCCAGUGAAAGGAAGAAAAAAUUAGGUAGUAGUAAAAGACGCGACCAGUCCUCGAGUAGUAUGCAAAGACGAUCAUCUACUAGGAAAAAGAAACUCGAGUCCAACCCAAUAAAAACAGUCCCACCAACAGCAGACAUACUACCAGAACAAUCCACCGUUUUACCAUUUCACGAUCCUGCAACAAUGGCGAACUAUGUUUCAGGUUCUAAUAUAAUGCAAUCUGUUCAUAAUAUUCCUGGACCUCCUCCGCCACUUGUUCAACCUCAACCACAUCCAUCAACAGGUCCUCCUCCACCAGCACCUCAAUCGAUGCAACCAAUGGGUGCAAUGAUGCAACAAAGGCCAGAUUGUCGUUUGGCACCAUCUAUUGUACCACCUGUGUCGAAUCAAAGAAAUAUCGAGGUUGUCUAUCCGUCGUGUAUGGUUGAAAGUAAUAAUAACGCGGAACACAUGGAGCAAUCAGACCCUUUAAAUUACGAACCGUAUAUUUGGAGUUUUUAAGGGUAGAACACUUGGAUCUCAUUAAUCGUUUGUUCAUUAGUCAUUCCGAUUUUUAAAUUGUUACUUCUUCCAUCGCAUCGCAUGAAAUUGUUUUUCAAUUCUCUACAUUGUUAUACCAUAUGUGAUGAUAUUAUACAGAUUCGUAUACACUGCAUUUAUUAAAGUAUUUUUAAUAUUUUCAUUCAAGAAUGUAUAAAGUCAUCGUCGAGCGAAUAACAAUCCCUAACAAUCAAAAUAAGUAAAUACAACCAGAAUUGAAAAAGACUUCUAGUUAAGUUUAAUAUAUUUUCAUAAUUGCAUGCAGUAUUCUCAUGAAGUAUAACAAUUUUAAGAUGAUCACUAGAAAACCUCAAUGUUAUAUGUUAAAAAUACGUAUUCAGUGAUACACGAAGCUACUUACAAAGAACAACUAUCUUUUCUAUCUUGUUGUAUUCUAAACGAAAAUAUCACGAAACACAAUGUUGAUAAAAAAAUAACAAAAACGAACGUGUAAUUUUUAACUUAUAGCCAAGGAAUUAAUGUAUGGUUCCUUUCUCCUAAAAUAAUAAGGCGGUACAAUUUAUACAUAAAAAUGGAUAUUCUUUAAUUUAAAGUAUAAGUUUUUAUAAAAAACUUUCUUACAUUCAAGGGAUAU